AAUUGCAGGUAACCCUAACAGCAUUCUCCUUUCCCAAAGAGAUAUUAAGUCGAAUGAAAAUUAGCUGGAUAACGUAUAACUGUGAUUGAUAUUAACCAGGAAUACAACUAAGACCUGCGAAUUUAUCAGAAGCGUGUCCGCAUUGCCUCCCUGAUAGCUGCAGCUUUUCCACUCACAAAAUAAACCUAAACACGUGGGGGAAAUCGGUGCAAAUACCGGAUUCAUCCCCACUGUGGGGUUCAUAUUUGGGUGGCAAAUUAACUAAGCUGCUCAAAUGAACUGUAAAACCUGUCUGAACUACUUUAUAAAACUAUUCGUGUAUCUAGCAUUACACUGAUGAAGACACGAGCCAAAACGUUUGUCUUCUUGACUUUGGGGUUCAUUUAAUCCACCUGUAGCUUUGAACCACAGGUCGGUUUUUGAAGCAUUUUCCAGGGCUUUGCACCAACCUCUCUGUGAUUACCCUAGGACUGCCUAAAAUAAGCGGUAAGUGGUGUAGGGUGUUGAUUAGAACAGAAAUCAAUUGGAGUUUCAAAGUCAGUUUGAGCACCAAAUUGCAUCAUAUAGCCUAAUAAGAGACCCUGUAAGCAACAGGAAAACCGAAGAGCCGACAGACAGACAGCACCGCUGUUCACAGAAUGUAACGAGGCUGUGUGAUCCAGCGUGUGUUUUUUAAACCCAUUCUUCACCGUCUCCAUUUCUCUUUGUAUUGAAACUCAAAACUCCCUCACAUGACUUGCUGUUUUAUCGUCUAAGCUAUACGCUAUUACUAUGAAAUGAAACAUGCAUGCUAACAGCAUAUAAUCGGGACAGUCCCAAAUGCAUAGGAAGAAAGUCCAGAUAUUUCCACAUAGUAAAUAACUAUUCUGCACAGCAGAGUUAGUGAAACCCACACGCUGUGCGAUUGGUGCGGCUGACACGUGUGCUGAUCACUAGUUUACCGGUAUGCAAAGUUAUUAAGAAGGCUUCGCUGAGUUGAGGGGAUACGUCUAUUAUUAUAUGAUAUAGUGUUUCUUAUGUACGACUCCUCCCAAACCCCAAAAUCCAAACACCAGGGUGAUCCCUACAUUGAAGAAAAGCUGGGAACCAACUGCACUUUUUAAAAGGAGGUACGGAGGCACACCCUGUGAGCCAAUGAAACAAGUCAAAAAUGCGAGCGGACGCACAGAGCUGCCAAUGAGCUAAGAGCUGUGGGCAAAGCAUCAGCCAAUCAACCGGCGGGUCACGUCGGCCGGCCGCAAACGACAGCCAAUGACGUGCCAAGAAUUGAACUUUCAAAAAAAAAACCCCGCCGUCUUGUAAGUUGUUGGAAAGUUGAGGUUUGGUUUUCGGGACGGUGAAUUAGAAAUAGGAAUGGAGCCGCCCGUGUCGAGAUUUGCCAGUCGGUUUCGCAAGGAUGCCAGCGUGGAGCUGCUGCGGGUGAAGAUGGCCCGCAGACGCUCACAGUCUCAGAAAGAGAACAGGGAGCGUGUGAUCACGAAGAGCAGGGGGCUGGCGCUUCAGGACCCCAACAUCUCCACUGUGAGGGAGAGUGAGCUGUCUGCCCUGGAGGCUGAGGAGGUUUCCCAGGAGACGAGCGCCGUGCUGCGCAAACCUGCAGCCUCGGCGGGUGUCAGCAAAGCUGUGGCGGAGCGCAAACAGAUGCUGGAGCGCUACAAAGAGGCCAAGGUGCUGCAGAAGAUGAAGGAGCAGAGGGAGAAGGCCAAGAAGGGCGUCUUCAAGGUGGGGGUGUUCAAACCGGACCCCCAGUUCUUCGUGCCGUCCGUGCUAGGCCAACCCAAUACCCGUGCGCAGCACAAAGUCAAGGACCCUCCAGCUCCAGUGUGCGCAAAUAGAGUGAACACCCGAUCGAUGGCAAAGAAGCCAGACCCUCCAAAAAAGGCUGUUGUCAGCCAGCCAUUGGAAGCUCCAGUAAGGAAGGCCACAGUGCAAACACGAGGCCAGAAACAAGCAGCAGCAGCACCACCUCCUGCUUCCACAACACACAGAGGUAAGACUGAGGAACAGGGCUGUGCUCUGCAGCACCCCUGUUUAUACAACACAGAGAUGAGACUGAAGAACAGGGCUGUGCUCUGCAGCACCCCUGUUAAUGCAACACAGAGAUGA